AUGGAUGAUAUUAUAAGAGAGUCAGCAGUUAAUGAACCAUUAAUAUCCAAUGAAGAUGGUGGAGUUAAAAUAAAUUUACAACGUAAUCGUUCGUUAAAUGACUAUUAUUCAUCAAAACAGAGAUCAUUGUCAUCUAACAAACUUAUUAGUGAGGAUGAUAAUUAUAUUGAUAAAUUUAUGCAACCAAGUCAACCAAAUCAAGCACAAGAUAAACCUAAUCGAUUAAUGACUCUCAAACAUUCAAAAAGUAUUCGUAGAAUGAGUAAAGCAGUUUCACGAGUUUCUACUAGAGUUGUAAAUUUAGGAAAUUUAUCAACAAUCACAACAGCAACACCCAAAACAGAUAAUGCUUCUUCCCCUUUAAAACCAUCAAAACAAAGUAAUAUGAAUUCACAAUAUUCUUCUUUAAAAAAACCACUAUUAGAAGGAUAUUCUUUAUACAUUUUUUCACCAAAAAAUCCAUUAAGAUUAGGGUUUUAUUAUAUAUUGAUAAUUAAUAUUAUACUUUUAAUAAUCAAUGCAUGGAAUCCCUACGUUGAUAAUCCAAAUGGUCCAACUGUACCAUUAAAUAAAUGGGGUAAUUCUUGGACUGAUUAUGGUUUAUUGAUUGUGUUUAUAAUAUUUACAUUUGAAAUAAUAGCACGAAUUAUUGUGUCCGGAUUAAUUUUUGAACCGGAAGAUAUAGAAAUUUUAGAUAUUGAUGAACUUAAUAAUUAUAAUAAUUUUCAUCGAGAGACAUUUUAUAAUACACCAUUUCUUCGUCGUAGUUUCAAUAGAAUAGAUAUUCUUGCUGUUUGUAGUUAUUGGAUAGAUUUAUUACUUACAAUGGUUGGAGUUCAACAUUUUUUAUUAUUUAGAGCUUUAUCAACUUUGAGAUGUGCUCGAUUAUUAUCUUUGACAAGUGGAACUUACACGAUAUUUCAAUCCUUAAAAAAAAGUCUUCCAUUAUUAGUCAAUGUGUCAUCAUUUAUUGGAUUUUUCUUUAUUAUUUUCAGUAUUUUGGGAGUACAAGCUUUUCGAGGAUCAUUUUCUCGACGUUGUGUAUCAUCUUUUAAUGAGAAUGGAACAUUACCUGAUUUAAAUUCUCAAGAUUACAUUAUUCAAGAUCGAUUUUGUGGAGGAUACGUUGAUGAGAAUGGAAAAACAAUGCCUGCUGUUGGUUCUAAUUUAGUUUAUGCUAAAGGAUUUAUUUGUCCUAUGAAUCAAAUUUUAGAUAAUCCAUAUAAUGACAUGGUAUCAUUUGACAAUGUUUUAUAUUCAUUUAUUUUGGUCUUUGUAAUAUCUACAACACAAAACUGGUCAGACCUCAUGUAUAAAAUUAUGGAUGCAGAAUAUGAUUGGUCUAGUUUAUACUUCGUGAUAGCAGUUAUAAUUUUAAAUUAUUGGUUAAUCAAUUUAUUUGUGGCGGUGAUUACAACAAUGUUUGCUAAAAUUCAUGAUAAUGAAGGUUGGAAAUUCAAUGAUGAUCGACAAUUUUAUCAACAAAAUCCUUUAAAUAAUAUAUUGAAACAGACUCAUUAUGUGUGGAUAUUAUGUAUUUUUAUUGAUAUAUUUAUUAUGGCAUUUAAAAGAUCAGAUUUAAAUGGAAAAUCUUCUUCAUUUAUUGAUCAUACCGAAAUUGCGGUUACGACAAUACUUACUUUUGAAAUUUUAUUAAGAUUCUUUUCAUUUCAUCCCAAAUAUCAAUUUUUUUUCUCAUCUAAACAAAAUUUGGUGGAUCUAUUUUUGGUGAUUGCUACAUGCACAAUUCAAAUUCCCACUAUUAGAAAUUCUACUGCAUAUAAUUAUUUAACAAUUUUUCAAAUCGCUCGAGUGUAUCGAGUUUUAAUUGCAAUUCCACGUUUACGAGAUUCUUUGAUUCGUGUCUUAGGUAGUGUAGCAGGUAUAGCCAACUUGAUUUUCUUUACUCUUAUGGUUAAUUUCUUUGCAGCUAUAUUUGUAAUUCAAUUAUUACGUGGUGUCAUUCCUUCUAAUAAUCCGGAUGGAGAUUCCAAUGUUAUGCGUUUUAGUGAUAUUUUUAAUAGUUUUCUUGCUCUUUAUCAGCUCUUUUCCGGAGAAGAUUGGACAACGGUUUUAUAUAAUGUAUUAAAUUAUGAAUCUAUUAUUGGUUCUCGCGUUACUGCCUUAAUAUCUGCUUUCUUUCUCAUAUUUUACGUUAGUUUAUCGAAUUUUAUUCUUUUAACAAUGUUUAUCGCUGUCAUAUCCGAAAAUUUUGACACAGCAGAAAAAGAGAAAUACAAAAAACAAGUUGAAAGUUUUCGUCGUAAUAUGAAUUUUUCAGAUAAAGAGGAAGUCACUUAUAAAUGGAAUAUUUAUAGAUAUUUUCAAGCUAAACCCAAAGCUUUAGCCGUUCAAUCUUUUCCUUCAAAUUUAGUAUUACAAAUACAAAAAUAUCGUGUUCGAGAUUUCCUUUUCGAUAAUAAUCAUAAUAAAAAACAACAUUUUGAUAAAAAGAAUCAUCAAGAUUCUAUUGUCUCUUUUGGUAUGCCUAAUAACUUUGUUACCCGUAUCAAAAGAUUCUUCGGAUUUGAAAUUGAUUCAGAUGAAAUUUAUAAAAUUCAUUUAAAUGGGACCAAAAAACGAAAUUCUGAUUUCGAAAAGUCACGAGGAAUUACUGGAAAUUUAGACAAUGAACAAAAAUUUAGUGAAACUUUUCUUGAUGAUUAUCAAGAACGUCGAGCAUUAAAAGCUGAUUUCAUUGCAGCUCAUCCUAAUUAUGAUCUUUCACUUUGGUCUUUAUCUCAUAACAAUCGAAUUCGUCGAUUUUGUCAACGACUUGUUCCUUCCAGUCAUGGUGAACGUAUUUAUGGAACUCCUCCUUCCGAAACUUUGAGUUUUUUAUUCAGUUCCUUUAUUUAUAUAUGUAUUAUCGUUAGUGUAGUUCUUGCAACUAUCGCAGUUCCAUCUUAUAUUAAACAAUAUUUGGCUAUUAAUGAUUCUUAUGCAAGAUUUACUUGGUUUUGGUGGACAGAUGUAGGUCUAACAAUAAUAUUUACCAUCGAAUUUAUUAUUAAAAUUAUUGCUGAUGGUUUCCUCUUAACACCAAAUGCUUAUAUGUUUAAUGUUUGGAAUCAAUUAGAUUUAUUUGUUCUAAUAACUUUUAUUGUGAAUACUGCUAUUGGACCUAGUGUUAGUUCUUCAAGUAUUUCAAAAUUAUUUCGAGCUUUGAAAGGAUUAAGAGCACUUCGAUUAAUUAAUUUAACAAGUUCGGUGAAAGAAAAUUUUUAUUCAAUUUUGAUUUCGGGAGCUCCUAGAAUUUUUGAUGCAGCAGUCUUAUCAAUUAGUUUAAUUAUCCCUUUCGCCAUAUAUGGAACAAAUAUUUUCUCGGGUCUAUUUUAUCAAUGUAAUGAUUUUGGGGUUGCCAAUAAAACUCAAUGUAUAGAUGUAUAUAAUCAAUCACCAUUUCAAUGGAAUAUUCUUACAUCCAGAAUUUGGUCAAAUCCUUAUGGAUUUAGUUUUGAUAAUUUUGGAGUUAGUUUACAAAUAUUAUUUGAAAUUGUAUCAGGAGAAGGUUGGGUUAAUGUUAUGGAAAGAUCGAUGGUAAUUUCGGGUAUCGAUUUACAACCUUUACCUCAACCAAAUUCUUCUCCAGCCAAAUGGAAUUCAUUAUUUUUCAUGGUAUAUAAUUUGGUUGGGGCAGUUUUUGUAUUAACAUUAUUCGUUAGUGUUAUCAUUGCCAAUUAUAAAUCAAAAUCUGGUACAGCAUAUCUUACUCAAGAACAAAAAGGUUGGAUAGAUCUUAAAAGAUUAUUAAAAUUAAUUAAACCAUCAAAAAGACCAACGAAUAGACCGACAAGUAGAUUUAGAGGCCUUUGUUAUGAUUAUGCAUCUAAAAAGAGGGGAAGUUUCUCUAAUUUUAUUACUAGCAUAUAUAUUUUUCAUAUAAUUUUAUUAAUGACUGAAAAUAGAACGUCAAUACCUUGGUUAGAUACUUUAAGAGUUGUCUUGUUUUUCCUAUUUAUAAUGAUUUACAUUACCGAAUUAUUUAUUAAAUUAUUUGGAUUUGGAUGGAAUGUAUUUAAGAGUAAUCGAUGGAAUGUUUUUGAUAUUGUAAUAGUAUUUGGAGCACUUAUCACCACGACAUCAGAAAUGUUUCAUUUAUUCAAUAGUGAAAUUGAAAUUGUUCCAAGAAUUCAAAAAGCAUUUCUAUUGAUGAUUACUUUUAAAUUAUUUCAAAAGAGUGAUACGAUGAAUCAAUUAUUUAAAAAUAUGAUAUUUGGACCAAAUGGAAGUGAACAUGUAAAUUUCCGUAAUUUCGGUAAUGCAAUGUUGACACUUGUUAGAAUGUCCACGGGUACCGGAUGGGCUUAUUUCUUAUUUAUCACUUGGAAUGUGUUAUCAAUGUAUAUUUUCGCCAAUAUGUUUAUCGUCGUUGUUACAGAAAAUUUUUCUUAUUGUUAUCAAAUUGCUGAUGAAUUAUCUUUGGUUAAACGGGCUUGGGGUUCAGUAGAUACAGAAAGAACGGGGUACAUCAAAAGUACAGAUUUUGGAAGAUUCUUUUCAGUAUGUAAACGAACGAAUUCAAAAGCUAAACUUGAAGGAUCUUUUAGAGUUCGAAUUUAUGAUGACGAAUUUCUUGUACCAAAUUUAAUUAAAAAUUCACGUGUUGUACAUACUUUUAAUGAGAACACUCAAUUAUGGGGUAUUAGUAGUAAACGAAGAAGACGUGUUCUUGAAGUUGGUAAUUUGGAUGUCGUAAAAUUAGAACGUCAUUUAAGUAGAAUUUCUUAUAAUAAAGUUUGCGAAAGACGAAAUGUAUAUAACAAUAUUUAUCAGGAAGCUUUAUUAUCAAUUGAAAGAGAAGCUAAUGGGAACGAAAGAGGAAUUUCAUUUACUAAUAUGCUCAUAUUACUUGCUCAUUAUAAAUUAGUUGAUGAUGACAAAUGCUUAGAAAAGAUCCAACGAGAGAGAGUUGUUGAUAAUGUUAAUCGAGAACGUGUGAAAUCAUUGUUACUUGCAAUUUAUUGGCGAGGAAAAUAUAAAAAAUUUAAAGAAUCCCAAUUUUCCAAUCAUCCUAAUGAUUCAGAUGAUUUUGUCCCUCAAAUUAUGGUUGAUCCGGUUGACAGGAUUAGUAAUCUUACUUGGGAUUCUAUUGAUGCAAAUAUUGAGAUGGAUGAUCAAACCGCAAAUCAAAUGUUAACCACAUUUCAAAGUACUCAUUGGCAUGAAAAUUUAAAUGAAUCCGCAUCACAAGAACAUUCAGAUAAUAACAUAUAA